UCUGCCUGCCUCUGCCUCCCGAGUGCUGGGAUUAAAAGCGUGCGCCACCAUCGCCCGGCUCUAAAAUUAAUAUCUUGAAAGGAAACCUAUUGUCUGAAUUAGAACUGCUUUAGGAUUCAGAAAUUCUGUAUAUCCUAAUUCUGGGGACUGGUAGACAUUCUACUGUACAGGCUCAGUGCAUUUUGCAUUGUCAGACAUGGCUAGAUAGACUGAUUCUGAGACAAAUCACCUACAUAGCUGAGCAUCAGAUGUUAUAACAGGAGGAAAGUGGAGGCUACCACUUGCAAAAACAUGAGAUUAAUACUACCUUCUGAAACUGGAAAUGUGGCAUAUGACAUGUUUCACAUGGGUAUCAGGAUUGAAAUAGUUGUACAUGUUGUUCCUGACACUCCUUUCCCACCACUACCCACAGUAACUUGUUGCUAUAACUUAGAAAAACAAUUAAUGGGUUUCUACUACUCCCCUGCCACAGAGAUGUGCUGGAAAUAUUUGAGCAUCCCCAUGGUCCCAGCUGUACUCCUGCCUCAAGGUACAAUGCCUAUCAAAGUCCAAGGAAACUAUAGCCAAUAUCAGUCACAUUCUGCCCUCCCUUCUGUUAGCACCUCUCUGGGAGGAAUUUGCCAGAUUUCAGUCAUGAUCCAUCCCCACUGUAUCCUUCUUAGGCACUGUAUCUGAAAAACUGGGGGAGGUCCCCAUACACCUAGGGCAGGCAUUCUCACCGCAGAAGAACAACCAACGUUCCCUACAUCUCACUGAUCAUUGCAUUGAUCACUCUGUAUUACCACACCCUCCUUUUAAGUCACGGUAUGAGUGCCACAGACAGAGAUUCCUGUUACACCCUCUCUGUCUAGUACUGGACCCAUGCCAAUGUCAAAUCAGAGGACAAGUACCUCAGGGUCCUCAUUACUGGAACAGCAAAUGCCAGAGGGUUCAAGUAAUAAAAUGAAUAUCAUCAUUGCCUAAGGAAACAAAUCACCUUGUAGGGGUCACAAGUUUCAUUAUAGGAGUAGGCACAGAGUAUAACCACACAUACUGCUUUCUAUAUCACAUUUGCUUGAACUGCUUGAGUAUCUCCAGUCUUGUUUGUAUCACCCAAAGAGAUAGUAGUUCUCUCUGAUUCUGAUAUAAUACAGAUAUAACUGGUAUUAACACACUAUAUCCAAACUCACUGAUCAUAAACAAAUGUGCUUCAGAGAGAUUACACUAUGGUGUUCAACUGGAAAUCGCAUUGGCAUUGAAUAUCAAUAAGUCAAUGAACAAGGUACAUCUUCGGAAAACAUUAAGUCCGUUCCAUAAAAGUGAUAAGGCUAUCCACUGUACCAGAUAUGUAAGCUUUAAUAUAGGAAUACAAGAACUGUGAAAAACAAGGUAAUACAACAUCUCCUAAAGUCCAUUCAUAACACUCUAGUAGGAUAUUCCAAAGAGAUCAAAGUAGAUGAAAUACCUGUUAGAAAAUUCAAAAGAAUUAUUUCUAAAAAUCUCAAGAAAAUCAGACAAGCAGUUAAGUGAAAUUAGUAAGGCAAUGCUGAGUGAGGAAUUUAGCAGAGAGAUGGGGAUUUCAAAAAAGAAUAAGUCAGAAUCUUGAAAAUGAAAAGUUCUAUAAAUCAGUUUAAAAAAAUUAAGGCCUGUGGAUAAGAGCACAUGUAUGAGGACCCGAGUACUCAAAAGUUGUGCAUGACCACCAACAUGUAACCCCUGCAUUUUGGAUCUCUGUGGCUCGCUGGCUGCCAACCUAGCCUCAGCUUCAGUAAGAGACUCUGUCUCAAAAAAUAAGUUGGAAAAUGACACAGCAGGACACCUACUGGCCUCUUCUGGCUUCUGUAUGAAUGUGUACUUAUGCGUGUGCACCUGCACCACAGGCAUACCUGUACAUGCCCCCAAAAUGUAGAUCUACAAGAAAUAGUAAUAUUGAAAGAUUGAAUCAGUGAUAAAGAGUCUUACUAAAAAGAUCCUGGGUCUAGAUUGUUACAUUGCUGUUAUCUCUUCUUUGCUUCUUUUUCUCUUCCUUUCUUUUUUUUUUUUUUGUGUGUAUGUAUGUAUGUGCGUGUGUAUGGGGAGGAGGUGGAUAUGGUCUUAUAUAUUCCAGUCUAGUCUCAAACACCCUAUAUAGCUGGGGAUGACCUUGAACUUUUGAUCUGCUUGCAUUCACAUGCCAGUUUAUGCAGAAUUGGGGAUUGAAUCCCAGGACUUUGUACUCAGCAGGCAGGCACCCUACCAGCUGAACCACAUCCCAAGCUCCUGAGUUUAUCCAAACUUCUAAAGAACCAGUACUAAUGCUUCUCAAAUCAUAGAAGAAGACAAGAAUCAUUGUAUGUAGGAGUGCAUAGGUAUAUGUGGAUGUGACUACACAGAGGAACAAGGGUGAGAUGGGAAGAAGAGCAAAAGCAUACUUUGAAAAAGUUAUAGUGUUUUCUAGCACCUAUGUGCUGAUCGUUAAAACGUAGAAAACAACUGAAAGUUGGGAGGAGACCCUUCCCAACUUAUUCUGUUCAGUCUGAAAUAUCUGUUACUAAAGUCUGACAGCAUAACAAGAGAAAACUACAGAGCAAUAAUCCUAUUGGGCAAAAAAGGGAAUACCCUCAAGAACAUGCUUGCAAAUUAAAAUCAAGAGUUUAUCAGAAAGAUCAUACAUUAUGUUCAGGUUGGUUUCAUUCCAGGGAUACAAGAAUGUUUCAGAAUAUAUAAAUCAGCUACAUAUUACAUAAUGUAUACAUAAUACCUUGCAUAAAUUGAAUGAACUAUAGAAAUCAUGAUUGCCUCAAUAGAUACAGAAACAAUAGUGAUAACAUUUAUUCAUAGUAAAAUUCCUGAAUGUAUUAGGUAUAGAAAAAUUGUGCCUUAACAUAAUAAAGCCUGUAUAUGACAGACAUUUAGGCAGAAUCCUACUGAAUGAGGAAAACUGAAAACAUAUUGUCCCAGGUAAGAAUUGAAAUAUCCUGCUGUUGUGGUUAGUAUAGCUCUUAGUGUGUCUCGAAAUUUUGUAUUGUCACAGUUUUUAUUUAGUAUAAUAUUAGAAAUUUUAACUAGAGCAAAUUUUAACUAGAACAGUUUGGCAAGAGAAAGAAAGAAAAGCCAAAUUAUCACUCUUUAAAAAUGAUGUAAUUCUGCCAGUGGUGAAGGGACAGAGGCACUAACUGUUCCUCUUAGCAGCAUGAGGAGGUCUCCUAGUCCUUUAAGGACCUUGACUCAAGACAAACUGAUUCCUGGCUUUGGUGUAGUAAAUAAGAAUUAAGUAUUAUUAAACAGGUGUGUAUUUUUAUUACUAAAUGUAGUUUAAUCUAGUCUUAAUGUAUGAGACAGACAAACUGAAGUGUGGCUAUGAACCUCCUAAGGAAAAAUUAUAAUUAAUUUUAUUAAUAUCAGUCAUGUGUAAUAUUAAAAAAAACAAUGCAAAUAAUCCAUCAAUGAUAAAUAAGCAAAAUGGAGUGCAUCUAUACAAGCUAACUAAUAGUGUCUGAGGUCUCUGCAGAGAGGGAAAUGGAAGAUAACUCCUAACAAUGAUAGGAUUUCUUUAAGGAUGAUGAUGAAAUGUUACAAAAUGGAUAGGUAUGGUAUUUAGUCAACUAUGAAUAUGCUAAAAAGUUUUGGUGUAUCAAUUACACACAAACAUACCCACAUCAGCCAGCCAUUCUACUGCUAGAAAUUUAUGCAAGAGAAAAGAAAAUGACCCUCCAUCUAUGGGUCUGUGGCUUCCAUAUCUGUAGAUUUAGUCAACAGCAGACCAGAAAUGUUUAGGAAAAGCCAGGUGUGGUGGUGCACAUCUCUAGUCUCAACACUUGGGGGACUGAGUGGCAAGACCGCUGUAUUAGAAGCCCAACUGAACAACAUGGUGAGAUCCAGGUACAGCUGGAGGUAUGGUUGAAACACCUACCUCAAAAAAAAAAAUGGGUAGGUAGGUAAAAGGGUUCCUGGUCUAACAUAUAUAGAGGGUAUUUUCCAAUGUACUAUUGUAUAUUUCAUACAAAUAUUUGUUUGUGCAUGUAUAUAGCCACAUGUUUAUAAAAGCCAAAAGCUAGAUUUGAACCAAAUGGCCUACUAUUCAGCAACAAAAAGAAAUGCAUAUCAGAUCCAGGGAUAUUAAGUUGAAAUCAGAAGUGUUUUAGAUUUCAGAUUUUGGAAUAUUUUCCUAUAUAGUAAAGUAUCUUGUGGAUAUGACCCAUCUAAGCAUGCAAUUUAUUAUUGUUUCUUACAUGCCUUAUGCCCAUGGUCUGAAGUCCUACACACCUCCAAGCAAUGAGUUCAAGAUCAGCAUGAAACUGGAAGCUCAGGACCCCAGGAACACCACAUCCACCUGUAUUGCCACAGUAGUUGGACUGACAGGUGCCCGACUGCGCCUGCGCCUUGAUGGCAGUGACAACAAGAAUGACUUCUGGAGACUGGUUGACUCCUCUGAGAUACAGCCAGUUGGAAACUGCGAGAAAAAUGGUGGCAUGCUGCAGCCCCCACUAGGAUUUCGACUGAAUGCCUCCUCUUGGCCCAUGUUUCUUUUGAAGACACUAAAUGGAGCAGAGAUGGCUCCCAUCAAGAUUUUCCAUAAGGAGCCACCAUCACCUUCCCACAAUUUCUUCAAAAUGGGAAUGAAGUUAGAAGCUGUAGACAGAAAGAACCCUCAUUUCAUUUGCCCAGCCACUAUUGGAGAAGUUCGAGGCUCAGAGGUGCUUGUCACUUUUGAUGGGUGGCGAGGUGCAUUUGAUUAUUGGUGCCGCUUUGACUCCCGGGACAUCUUUCCUGUGGGCUGGUGUUCUUUGACUGGAGAUAAUCUGCAGCCACCUGGCACCAAAGUUGUGAUUCCAAAGAAUCCUUCCCCUGCAUCUGAUGUGAAUACUGAGAAGCCCAGCAUCCACAGCACCAAAACUGUCUUGGAGCAUCAACCAGGGCAGAGGGGGCGCAAACCAGGAAAGAAGCGGGGCCGAACACCCAAGAUCCUUAUUCCCCAUCCCACCUCUACCCCAUCCAAGUCAGCUGAACCUUUGAAAUUCCCAAAGAAGAGGGGUCCCAAACCUGGCAGUAAGAGGAAACCUCGGACUUUGCUGAGCCCACCACCCACCUCACCAACAACCAGCACCCCUGAACCGGAUACCAGCACUGUUCCCCAAGAUGCUGCCACCAUCCCCAGUUCAGCCAUGCAGGCCCCCACAGUUUGUAUCUACUUGAACAAGAGUGGCAGCACAGGCCCCCACUUGGAUAAGAAGAAGAUCCAACGACUUCCUGAUCAUUUCGGGCCAGCCCGUGCCUCCGUGGUGUUACAGCAGGCUGUCCAGGCUUGCAUUGACUGUGCUUAUCAUCAGAAAACCGUCUUCAGCUUCCUCAAACAGGGCCACGGCGGUGAGGUCAUCUCAGCCAUAUUUGACCGGGAACAGCACACCCUCAACCUCCCAGCAGUCAACAGCAUCACCUAUGUCCUCCGCUUCCUGGAGAAGCUCUGCCACAACCUUCGGAGUGACAAUCUGUUUGGCAACCAGCCCUUUACACAGACUCACUUACCACUCACUGCCACAGAGUACAGCCACAGCCACGACAGGUACCUACCAGGUGAAUCCUUCGCCCUGGGGAAUAGCCUGGCCCGGUCCUUGGAGACACACUCAGACUUGAUGGACACUGCCUUGAAGCCUGCCAGCCUUGUCGGCACCUCCCAGAACAUUAGAACUCCUGGUUAUCGGCCCCUGGCUCCCUCCUGUGGCCUCCCAUUGAGCACUGCCUCAGCUGUGCGUAGGCUCUGCUCCAGGGGAGUGCUGAAAGGAACAAAUGAACGGAGGGACAUGGAAUCAUUUUGGAAACGAAGUCAUUCCCCAGGGUCAGAUCGGUAUCUGGAGAGCAGAGAUGCCCCUCGCCUGAGUGGCCGGGACCCUUCUUCAUGGUCAGUGGAAGAUGUGAUGCAGUUUGUUCGAGAAGCAGAUCCUCAGCUCGGACCCCAUGCUGACCUCUUCCGAAAACACGAGAUCGAUGGCAAGGCCCUGCUCCUGCUGCGCAGUGACAUGAUGAUGAAGUACAUGGGCCUGAAGCUGGGGCCCGCCCUCAAGCUCUCCUUUCACAUUGACCGGCUGAAGCAGGGCAAGUUCUGAACAGGAGGAGGCAUUCUUCUCCCCGGAAGCCGCCAGCCAGCUCCCAGGCACCUCCAUAGGGCUCUGGGUGACCUCAGGACUCCAGGAGGCUGGAGAACCACCACCACUGCCCCUCCUACCAUGAUGUGUCCUUCUAUGAAGGACUGAGGAGGGAAGAGUGUGGGCCCAGGGCUGGUGCUGCUCUUCCCCUUGGCCUGCUGUGGCUCCCAGGCCCCUCCUAUUUAUUUCUCAAGGCUUGCCAAGCCACUCCCCACAAGUUUAGACUGAGCACCUUGCAAAGAGAUGGAGGAAAAGGCCAACUCUAGGGCCUUGAAAGGCCCCGACACCCAGGCCCCUCACGACCUCCUGGGCUUGGGAGAGGGUCCCAUGGCCCCCAGCUCAUGCCUUCUCACCAGAUCCCCAGACUCUGAACUUAUGGUGCAGACCUUUUUUUAAAAGUUCCUUUCUUGUUGCUAAUUUAUUGCUUCUGGCACUUGGACUUCAUGCUUUUCUUGCACCAGACAUUUUUGGGAAGGAGACCAUCCUCUGUGUUCCAGAGAGGGCCUCUCCAGAGAAGUAUGACCCUGUUCCAGAGGACACCGCCCUAGGGCUCUUUCUCUCUGGGAUGGACAGAGGCAUAUGGCUGACUGGGCAUGGAAAGGUGAGGGUCCCUCUUCCCACACUAGGCCCUUUGUAGCCCCAGUCUCUCUCUCUUUGAUGUAUUUUCCCACCACCCUGCCCACAUCACAGCUCCCUGCCCUGUUCAGAAUUGCUGCAAAAGAUGGGGCCUAAUGCCACUAGGCCAUUGCCCCAAGGUGGGACAGAGGACCUCCAGGCUGGAGGGGUUGCCCUCUGCUAGCUUCUGUGCUUCCUCCUAAGCAAGCCAGCAGCACUGCUGCCCCCACUGCCAUUUGAACUAUUUUAUGUCAGUUUGUUUAUAAAUAAAAACCAAUACAAAUGUCCGUGUCCUAUUAA